AUGUCUGUCUUCAACAACUCCGAGGUCAAGUAUUUUCUUCUAAUUGGGAUCCCGGGACUAGAACAUGCACACGCAUGGCUCUCCUUCCCCAUCUUUCUCAUGUACCUCACUGCCAUCAUGGGUAACUGCAUUAUCACCUUUGUCAUCAAGACGGAGCCCUCCCUUCAUGAACCCAUGCAUUAUUUCCUUACUAUGUUGGCUGUCUCCUAUGUGGGUCUGUCCUUCUCUUCUCUUCCUACCAUGUUUAGGAUCUUCUUUUUCAAUGCCAUGGUAAUCUCGCCCAAUGCCUGCUUUGCUCAAGAGUUCUUUAUCCAUGGGUUCACUGUCAUGGAAUCCUCUGUGUUUCUAAUUAUGUCUUUUGACCGCUUUCUUGCCAUUCACAAACCCUUAAGAUACAGUUCUAUCCUCACUGGCAGCAGAGUUGCUAAAAUGGGGCUAAUUUUAGCCUUCAGGAGCACAAUUUUAGUGCUUCCAUUUCCUUUCACUCUAAGGAGAUUGAAAUACUGUCAAAAGAAUCUCCUCUCUCACUCAUACUGCCUUCAUCAGGAUGUCAUGAAACUGGCCUGCUUUGACAACAGGAUCAACUUCAUCUACGGCUUCUUUGUGACACUCUGUACCAUGCUGGACUUUGCCCUGAUUCUUUUGUUUUACAUGCUAAUCUUGAAGACAGUACUGAGCAUCGCAUUUCUGGCAGAAAGGCUUAAGGCCCUGAAUACCUGCGUCUCGCACAUCUGUGCUGUGCUCAUCUUCUACAUGCCCAUCAUCACCCUGGCUGCCAUACAUCGCUUUGCCAAGAACAAAAGCCCCUUCCUGUAA